CAAUUAAAAAGUUCCAGUCGCGUAAACCGCCAUCUGAACGCGUCUCAUCUCAUGCACUUUUAGUAUCCGAAUCAAACACCACCCUCAAUCUACUAUUCAGGGUACCAUCAUGACUUCCUACGGCAGCUACACACGCACCAACUACAACGCCACCGGCGGCGACGACAGCGGCGGUUUCUUCGGCGGCUCUCAGAUCUCCGGCUCGCAGGGCGGGACCAAGCACCCGUCGGAAGAAUCGCUGCGCCCCGUAACCGUGAAGCAGAUAAUCGACGCGGAGCAGGCCUUCGGCAGCGACGGCACCUUCCGGAUCGACGGCGCCGACGUGUCGCAGGUGACCUUCGUGGGGAUGGUGCGCCAGAUCAGCCCGCAGACGACCAACAUCACGUACCGGCUCGACGACGGCACGGGCGUCGUCGAGGUGAAGCAGUGGCUCGACCCGGACAAGCAAGAGACUGACUCGGGCGGUGCGAAGGGUUCCGCCUUCCGCGAGGAGCAGUACGUCCGCGUCUGGGGGCGCCUCAAGAGCUUCGGGAACAAGCGGCACGUCGGCGCCCACGUCAUCAAGCCCGUGACCGACUUCAACGAGGUGAACUACCACCUGCUGGAGGCGACGUACGUGCACCUGUUCUUCGCGCGCGGGGGCGGCGUCGCGGGGGCCGGCGGCGGCGCCGGUAUGGGUAUGGGUGGGGAUGGCAACGCGGCCGAGGACGACAGCAUGUUCGUCGAGAACAACGACGCUGCGUUUCUGCGUGGCGCGUCCGCCCGCGCGAGGAAGAUGUACCAGUACCUGAACCAGUCGAAGAGCAACGAGGGCACGAAUAUCCACAUCAUCGCGCGGGACACCGGCAUGACGGUCCAGGACGCCAUGACGGCCGCGGAGGAGCUGCUGGGUAACGGCAAGGUCUACACCACGCUUGACGACGAGACGUUUGCUCUUCUAGAGGGCUUUUAAAGUUGCUUGAUAUAAUACGUAUAGUUGGAGUGGUGAGACGAAUCGAUAGCUACGCGGAGUGGGCAGAACUUAUUUACGAAGUCAAGUCCGGGCGUUGUGGGCAUGAGAAACCGUUAAAUACAUAGGAAGGCAUAGGUCGGAAAUCACACGGAUACGGCUAAGAAUGGAACCGAG